AAAAAGUCCCACACAAUCCGCUGCCGUGAAGCCACCGCGGUUUCAAUGGAGACUGUUGCUAAGGAACGUCGGAAUGCCGGCUCUUGCCCAAUCGGCGGCGGCGAGGCGUGUCACGUGGUUCCAAACAGCCCAAUCACAGGGAGGCUAGCUGUUGGAGCUGCUGUUUAGCUUCUUCUAUCCAACGGACUUUCCGUGUAAAUGCCAGUGGAGCUGAUUUCUCCGGAGAGGAUCGGGUUUAUCUGCGGGUUUUAACGGCUGGUCUGUAUUUUUGCUUCAUGAACAAAGCCAUGAGGAACCUGUCCGGUUCGCCCCGGGUGCAGGUCCACGUCAGUAAUGCUGAAGGCCUCUACCUGCACGUGAGGAGGACGAGUCCCAGCGAGACGUCUCAGCGGACGGUGAGCGAGGACAGAUCGCCGCUGCGUCCCUGCGCCAAAGUCAAAACGCGGCUUCCAUGGGUUCCUCCAGGAAAGACUUCCUACAAAUGGGAGGGACCGACCCACUGCCUGGAGAUCAAACCGCCAGAACCGGAACCAGACCCUGAGCUGCGGCUGUCUGACCUCACCUCAGAGGACGAGCAGCGUCUGCGCGGCCGCAUCAGCCAGUAUGAGAAGAAGAUCGAGGGCCUGAUGAGCGAGGUCAGCUCUCUGAAGACCGAGGUGGGUUCUGGUCCGGUUCUGAUCCGAAUGUUCCGGUACCAGCAGGUUCUGGUACCAGGAUGUUCUGGUACCAGGAUGUUCUGGUACCAGGAUGUUCUGGAACCAGGAUGUUCCGGUCACUUCCUGUGUGGUGAGGUCACUUCCUGUGGUCCUCGUGUUCCCAGUCCAGACCCUUUUCCCAAGGAUCCGGAGCUGUUGCUGCAGAAGCUGAGGGAAGCCGAGGCUGACGCUGCUGCAGCCGCCAAGCAGGUUCAUGCUCUGAAGGAACACGUCUGCAAGUUGGGCGACUCGGCCAAAAACACGCCGAUGUGGGCCGGUCUGGACCAGCAGAAGGAGCUGCUGCUGCAUAAGCUGGAGGCGUUCGAAGUCACCAACCGAGCCCUGCGCCACCUGCUGCGGGAGCAGCGCGAGUCCCAGAUGCAGUCCGUCGGCCUGUCAGAGCAGAAGAAGGUCCUCCUGAAGUCGCUCGCCGACAUGGAGGCCUGGAACGCCCUGCUGGUUAAGAAGCUUCAGGAGAAGGAGAAGGAGCUUCAUCAACUCUCCACCCAGCUGGACUCUGAGAAGGAGAAUGCGAGGAGGUCUUCGGAUUUGUCCCGGAAUCUGGACGCCACCAGAGCUCGACUGCAGGGUCAGCUGCGGAGCAAAGAGGCCGAGAACAACCGGCUGGUCGUGCAGAUAAAGAACCUGGAGCGGACGGCCAAUCAGCAGCUGGCGGAGGCGGACCAGGUGGCGCAGCAGCUGGGCCGGGCCAAGCAGGAGGCGCAGGAGGAGCAGGAGGCGCUGAAACGGGUCAGCCAGGCCCAGAAGAAGCGGAUGGAGCUCUGCGAGGGCACAGCGGGUCAGCUGACCGCUCAGCUGCUGCAGAGGGUGGGUCCAACAUGGCCGCAUGGCGGGCGGCUGCACCUAGAUCUGAUACACUUAGAUCUGCUACACCUAGAUCUGAUACACCUAGAUCAGAUAACCUAGAUCUGAUACACCUAG